AUGACGUCGACGCCAGACACCGAGGCUGAGAUUCCACUCAUCUUAAUUCCUCUGCGGGAAGGCUGGUUGCCGUAUCCGCUGGUCGAGAUCAGAGAGGUUGUCAAUGCCGAGGGGGGUGGUGGUCAGGCCACGGCGCAGGGGUGCGAGGUGGACUUGAGGAAUCUGGGGGAGACGGUGCGGGUUGUGGGAGACAGGAGCGGCAUAACGGUGAGCCUGGAUGUGAGCGGCCCAGGAGGAGGGCCGUUGGUGUUUGAGAGCGAGCGGCUGGGUUCAAGGGCAAGAUCGUUGAGUGAUGGCAUCAUUCGGUGUGUUGAUCCUGCAGGGGCAUUGGCAUGUAAGCAGACAAAGCUCAAAAUAUGUCGGCUGAAAAGGGAAACGGCUCCUGUAUAUGAUGAUUUGGCAUACGACAACGAAUCCGAACUGGGCAGCAUAGUGAAGAGGCAGCCGGCCGAAGGUGUCAGGGCUUUUUAG